AUGACGGAAACUAAGGAGAAAAUUAAUUCCAAUUUAAAAAAGGAGAGUGAUUUUAUACCUCCCGAUGGUGGAUGGGGUUGGAUGAUUAUUCUUGCAGCAGGGAUUUCAAAUUUAUCGAUGCUCCCCGUUCUUCAGCAGUUCGGGUUGUUAUUCCGUGACAAGUUCGCGAAUCUUGGCAUCACGAGCUCGGAGACCACCACAAUAAUCAACAUGAACUCGGCCCUGUUCUCUUGCGUCGGAUUAGCAAAUGGGCCCUUGUUCAAAAUCUUUACCUACAGACAAGUGUCUUUAACCGGUGCAAUAAUUGGGUUCGUGGGUGUAAUGCUAGCCACGUUCUCUUACAACUUCGCGACAUAUCUGGUUUCAUUUUCAAUUUUAUAUGGUGCUGGCCUUGGUAUAAGUAGUUCAGCAAAUGCACUCGCCCUGAAUACUUAUUGGAAAAAUAGAAGAAGAUUAGCUACGGGUCUAUCGUGGACGGCAACCGGAUUGGGUCCAGUUAUAUGGCCACAUGUUAUAACUGCAUUAUUUUCAUUAUAUGGAGAAACUGGCGCCAUUUUAAUCAUAAGUGGUGUGUCUUUACACGCUUUAGUGUGUGGUUUAUUGUUGCAACCUGUUGAAUGGCAUGCGAAAAAACCUAACAGUCACGACGAUGAAGAUCAGGAAAAGCUUUUAAAACACAUAGAUUCUAAAGUGACUAUUAGUAAACAAGAAAAUGGGUAUUUUAGCCAACUCUCGAAGUUUAAGAAUUUAAGCGUAUUUUCAAGCCAAUAUCUUUUUAAUGAAGAUGAUCCGGAGAAUCCCGGGUAUGAAAUUACGGACCCUGGAAUACCCAUGAUGUUACGUUCUAACGAUGGGUAUUUCAGUCAGUCAAUACAAUCAAAAAGCAAGGUGCCUUCAAGAGAAGAUUCUACAAGGAAUUCACAAUUAAAUUCCCGACUUCAGUCUAAGAAAUCAUCAAUGACAAACUUGCUUGAAAAUCGUUCUCGCAAAUCGUCGACAUUGUACUUGAAUGAAUCAAAAAAAAACUCUGCAGCUAAUUUAGGAGCCUUAGUUCUAGAACGUGACGCUCUUAAACCAAAACGUAAAGCUUCUACCACGCUAGAAAUGAAAAUUCCUGAAUCUGAAAUAGAAGACUGUCCGACUUUGAAAGCUCCUCAAGAUUUGAAAGCUGAUGAAAAAGCUGUUAUAGAGAAGAUUGAUACAGCUGAACCUAAUUUUAUUACUGAUAGAAAUGAAAAGAAUAUUAUAGUCAGCAAUUUUGAAAUUGGUAAAGGUAACGAAAAUUAUGUCUACAACAAAUAUCAAGAAAACGAGGAUAAAGAAUAUUUAAAAAACACCCAUAGCAAUCAAUCUUAUCGGAACAGAUACAGACUCAAGUCAAAUAAUUUUAAUUACGAAAACGAAGUAUUAAAACAAGCGUCAAAGAAAUUAGAACAAUAUUUACAAGAAAAUGAAGACAACACUAAUAAAAUUAAGUUACUGACAUCUUACGUUGAUGAUAAUGAUAAUGAAAAAGACAUUGUAAACCCCAAUAAAAAUGAAGAAGAAGAAGACAUAAAACUGACAUUCUGUCAAAAAGUUGCAAUGUUUUUUGACCUAGAUCUAUUAAGAGAUUACACUUUCGUUAAUCUAAUGUUGGGUGUGACAUUAGCAAAUUUCAAUGAAACCAACUUUUCAAUUUUGACGCCUUUUAUUCUGGGUGACUUCGGGAAAUCAAAGGCAGAGGUGGCCUUAUUCAUGUCCCUGUUGGGUGGAGUUGAUCUUAGUGUAAGGUUCUGUGUGCCAUUUGUUGCUGGUAAGAUUGGAUGGGAUAACAAUUCCUUCUAUUUACUGGGAGUUUUUGUUAUGUCUUUAGGAAGAAUAGUUUUAGCGCACUGCCAAUCAUAUUAUGCAGUAUUAUUGGUCGCUGUAAUUAUUGGGUUUGGGAAAGGAUUACGUACAGUUUUCGUAGCUUUAGUCUUACCCACGUAUGUGCCACUACACAAACUACCUGGAGCCACUGGCAUACAGCUUCUCACUGCAGGAAUCGUUUUCCUUUCUCUCGGACCUGUAGUUGGUUGGAUUAAAGGCAAUUCUUCGCCAAUAGUAACUUUGUAUUGCCUCAAUAUCUUCACGUGGUUGACAGCGUUAUCUUGGACUCUCGAGAAGUACAUCACAUCAAGGCAACAAAAGGUGUAUGAACAAGAACAAGUCAAAGCUUAG